AAAGGACAAACUCUACAACUGAUAGGUAUGACUUGAGGUACCAUUAGGGCUCUUGAUUCUUUUGUCGCUUUGUCGCAGUAGACAAACAGCAUUUGGAUGCCAACUUUGCCAAGUAACACAAAGAGUAACAGUCCUCAUUCGUUGGAGGCUAGGAUGAGAACUACGUUCGCGAAUGCUCGGACAGAAUGCGCCCACCUCGUCGAGGAAGUUGAGGUUCACAUCAAUUCGGUGCAGGCCACCCUGGCCCGUAUAAAAGAGCAGCACGAAGCAGAUCGCGUCGAUUUGUCAGCGCAACUUCAGGCCAAUGCAGAGAAGAUCCAUGCGUUGUGUGCAGAGUAUCCUUCGUUGCUCGAUGACCUCGUUCGCCAGCGCAUACAAAAUGUAGAUACGAUGAAGGCUAUGGCCCAUGCAUCGGACGUGGAAAUGCGUAAAUCACGAAAGAGGCUGAUGGAGAAGGCAAAGACACGUCUUGAUGACGCACGAGAAAGGCACAAGCUCGCUAUGGAUGCCUCCGACCUCGUGAAACAUUACAAAGCACUUGUCCUUGCGCUUUAAACAUGUUUAUCCAGCGCUUUUCACUUAGGUUUUCAGUUUGUGUUCCUUCCCUCUCUGUAAUUUGCAGAUGUU